AUGAAUAUAACGCAAUGGCAUCCUAAGAGUGAUGCGGUGCACUGGUACAUGCAAGAGCUAAGCUCGCGAGUGGUGGCCCAGAGCGGAAUACCGAGUGAUAGACAUCAUCUGGGAAAACUGAUUUUACAAUGUUUCAAAGAUGCUCCAGACUUUGUUUUGCAGAUAGACGGUGCUACAGAUGACAUUGAGACAUUUGGUUCUGCCCUAACAAGAUCAGUUCAGUGUGCUACAGCGUUCAGGAAAUUAGGUCUGAAACAUGGAGACGUCAUCGUGUUGAUGGCUCCAAACCACAUUCAUCUAACUAUACCUAUGUACGCCGCGUUUUAUCUCGGUAUAGCUGUUGCGGGAGUUGAUGUGACACUUGAACGAAACGAUCUUCGAAAAAUUUUAAAUUACAACACACCAAAAAUGGUAUUUUGUCAAAGUGAAAAAGUUUCCGAUGUUCGUUUUGCAUUACAAGAUUUAAAUUUUGAAACACAAAUCGUUACAUUUGACAAAAGUGAGGAAAGCAUAAAUUUUGUUGAAUUGCUUGGGAAAUGCGGAAGUGAUGUUACUAUGGAAGAUUUUAAGGUGGAAGAUUUCGAUCCAGCAGACACUAUAUCACUGCUAAUGGAAACGAGUGGAACAACCGGUAUACCCAAAUCAGUCGCUGCUUCACAUAAAAACAUGGUGAUCUCAGUUCCGUAUUUAUGGAUUACCUAUAAUAAAUUUCCGUCACCUACUCGUCUGUCAGUAAUAUUUUCCCCUGCUCACUGGUAUUCAGCGCUGUUCCAAUUCGUGUUUUCACCGAUCUUAAGGCAUACCAGACUACAAUCGUCAGCUCCAAUGACGAAGGAACAUGCCUUCUACCUCAUUAAUAAAUACAGACCAACAUUCACAAUGGUGUGUCCUAAUAUGUUGGCAGAUUUUUUGAAAGUCAACGAUCGUAAAAAAUGUGACUUUACAUGUUUUGAGACCAUUCACGCAGGUGGGAGUGCCGUUCAUCCUAGUCUCUUUGGAGAUAUGAGGGUUUUUUCUCCAAACACAUAUUUAAUAGUAAAUUACGGUAUGACCGAAGUAUCAGGAAUGGCUUUUAGUUUUGAUGCGAAUUAUCCAGAUUCUCUCGGAAAACCUUUACAGAACCUGGAACACAGAUUAGUAGAUCCUGAAACAUUAAGAGACGUAACAGAGAGCCAUGUUACUGGAGAACUGUGGUUAAAAGGACCAGGAGUAUUUAAGGGUUAUUACAAUAACCCUGAAGCUACAGCACAGGUGAUGAUGGAAGGUGGCUGGUUAAAAACCGGAGACAUCAUGUACAGAGACGAGCAAUCAUACUACUACUAUGUGGACCGGAUGAAAUUAUUAAUGGUAUACAAAAAUAAACGAAUAUCCCCCUUGGAAAUAGAAAGUGUUAUAGCUAAACAUCCAGGCGUAUUUCAAGUAGCAGUUACUGGUAUACCACACGAGGAAGAUGGAGAUCUACCAGUGGCUUGUAUAGUACCUCAUGCAGGAUACAAAAUCAUUGCACAAGAAAUCAAAGAUUUAAUCAAAGAUACAUUGGCAGACACAAAACAAUUGAGAGGUGGAGUUAUAUUCCUAAAAGAGUUACCUCAAACAUCGACUUCAAAAAUUAAUCGACGAAAAUUGGCCUCUGUGGCUCUGUCUAUGGAAAGAGAAUAAAAAUUUGACUACUUGAAAUUUAAUAAAAUUAUUAUUUU